AUGAAGAACAAGGCAGUGGCCCUAUUUGUAUGUGCAGAAGCACAAGAGGCUCUAGAUUUAGCUUCAAUGGUCAUGGACCUUACGUAUAUUGAGAGUUUACAACAUGGUGCGAUUCAGUUAUUUGACCAACAUAAGGCAAACCAGGUGAUUAGAAUGUGCACGCCAAUCUUUUGUCACGUCGGCAAGGCUGCAUACCUCAAGAGAAUCGAGACGGACACUGUUGUCUCGUUUCUCGACGCUCUACGAGGCUUGGGGGUAUUUUGUGAUACGCUGUUUCAGCAGAUAGUGUUUAAGCUCGAAGAUGGUCCUCUGAAAAACAUUAUUAGUAACACGAUGGGUACACAUUCACGUAACUUUGGCAAGAAGAUGAAGAGCUUGAAACAACAAUUUAUCAAGUCAACGAACGCUACGGGAAUCAAACACACGCUUGUAGCACAAGAAUAUGCUCGUUGGAAUCUUGAUGGAAGUAAUUAA